GCCAUACAUACACCGUCUCGCCGCUACCUCCACUCUCGUCAUACCACAUCAUCCUUCUUCCCCAUCGGCGACUUGCUCCGACCCUGUCUUUCUCCGUGGGCGUCCGCACCCGUGCCAUCGCUUGCCCUCUGCUGAACGUCAAUCUCGCUUCCCCUUUAUCAUACUCUUGCGCUGUAGAAGUACCAAGCUGAGAUAACUCCCUCUUUUUUCAUGCCCUCUUCAUCCACAACUACUACUACUGGCUGCGACGUCCCUCCACAACACAUCAUGACAUCUCAAAAACCUUUGGACACACCACCUGCCUCAUUACACUCCUCCGACUCUUCAUCAUCGUCGUCAAAUCAUGCUGUCGAAAAUGCCGUUCACGCGGUCAACCCCAUACCUGCUGCGCAAUCCGCCGCGACAACAACAACAUUACCAACCAACUCACCUUCCAAAUUACCUCAUUCCUUCUCCUUCUCCCUAAAUCGUAAAUCAAAAAAAUCAACGAAAUCAUACAAAACGUCUGCGGGACCACCUGUUCCCUUCCCUGCCCCUUCUGCACCCACCCGCUCGCAUGUCGCUUCCGAACCUUCCUCCACCCUCAAUUCUUCCACGGUCACUGACGGUACUGCUACUGCUACACCAUCUAACGCGGAUGACGAAACUCGACCGCGAUAUCAUUCCGCCAUCUCGCACUCUACCAUUUCCCGAUCUCAAUCUUCUUCUUUUGCUGGCAAACUACAGUCUCUUCGCAAGAAGAUUGAAUCAGAGCUCUCGCGAAAGCGGCCCGGGUCCAAUGCCACCCAACAAUCCAACGGGGGCAAGCGCUCCAGCAAGCGACCCCAGAAGGGUACCGUCGCCGGUUUGAGGCCUAGCCCUGCCUUGACUGUGCCAGAGGGCAUGAGCGUUGCCGAUGCCAGCCAGCUUUGUGCGGCCAAGAGGGCCGACUGUGUCUUGGUCGUUGACGAAGAAGAAGGUCUGAGUGGUAUUUUUACCGCAAAGGAUCUUGCCUUUAGGGUAACCGCCGAAGGUCUCGACCCUAGGAGCACUAGCGUCGCUCAGAUCAUGACCAAGAACCCCAUGGUUACCCGUGACACUACAAACGCUACCGAAGCUCUCCAGCUCAUGGUCAGCCGUGGAUUCAGGCAUCUUCCCGUUUGCAACGAGGACGGUGACGUGGUCGGUCUUCUCGACAUCACCAAAGUCUUUCACGAAGCUCUUGCCAAAGUCGAGCGUGGUUCUACCGCUACCAGCCAGCUCUCUGCCGCUUUGGCCGGUGUCCAGUCCGAACUUGGUCCUGGUUUGAAUCACAACCCUCAGGCUGCUGCCAUGCUUGCCUACGUAGAGACUCUUCGAGAGCGAAUGGCUCUUCCCGACUUGACCACCGUCAUUGACACUCGCUCCGCACCUCCUACCGUCACGCCUCGAACUACUGUCCGAGAAGCCGCCAGGCUCAUGAAAGAGCGACGUACUACUGCUGUCUGUGUCAUGGAGGCCAACGCUGGUACCUCUGCCGUCAGCGGCGUCAGCGGCGGUAACGUGGUUCCCAAGAUUGCUGGUAUUUUCACUAGUAAGGAUAUCGUUCUGAGGGUUAUCGCCGCCGGUUUGGAUGCGUCAAGAUGUUCAGUGGUAAGGGUCAUGACUCCUCACCCUGACACUGCUCCUCCUACCAUGGUCGUGCAGGAUGCGUUGAAGAAGAUGCACAAUGGUCACUACCUCAACUUGCCCGUUGUCGAGGCCGACGGGCGAUUGAUUGGCAUUGUUGACGUUCUCAAGCUUACUUACGCCACUCUUGAGCAGAUUGAAUCGAUGAACGAGGAUCGCUCCAACGAAUCUGGACCCAUGUGGUCUAGAUUCUUCGAAGGGCUUCCUGGUGCUGGUGGUGAUGAUGACACUGCCUCUAUCGUUUCUGCUUCUGAACGACCUGACACUCCCAGCCGAUCUCACCUUGGCCAUGGCCGCGGUCUUUCCAGCAUGACCUCUCCCAUCUCCGAGAUCAUGCCCAACGACUCUGCUUCUGUUGUUGACGACAACAUUUCCGACCUCGGAGGCAAGCAUGGGCCUACUUCUUCUGUCGCUGCCCCCGGUUUGCCCAUUGAUGACGGCACUUAUAUCUUCAAGUUCCGUACCCCCUCGGGCAGAACACACAGAUUCCAAGCCCGACACGAUUCGUACGAACUCUUGCGGGACAUUGUCGCCGGCAAACUCCUCACUGACCCUUUCUUCACUGCUCCCGGCGCCAAGGAGGGCGAAGCCGUCCACCUCCCUGACCCUAGCAACUUUACCCUUCAUUACACCGACGAUGAAGGCGAUCUCGUAACCAUGACUGCCGAUAGCGACGUGGCCGAUGCUGUCCGCAUCGCCCGCGGCCAAAAAUCCGACCGAAUCGUCCUUCUCGUUGACGGCGGUAAGGUCUGGGAAGAAGCCGCACGGGACUUGGGCGGUGAAAAGGCGGUGGAGAAGCUCAAGGAGGUCGAGCAGGAAGUCAAGGUUGUGGAGGAAGAAGAGAAGCAAAUGGCUGAGCCUACUGCGAACCCUGCGGUCGAACCCACGUACGGCAAUGAGCACGUCCACGCUCAAAAAUGGAAGGACCAUGGCAAAACGAUCAGGGCCGACGGCCAAGAGCUAGUGGGCGGUGUCAUCCCCAAGGAUAUGGUCUUGCCAGCAGCGAUCGGCUUUUUGGGUGUGGUGAUUUUGGGUGUGUUUAUCGCCGGGAGAAAAUAAGCAGGGCAUUUUUUAGCCAUGGACAAUUCGAGGCCGUAGUCCAAUUAGGGAUUAGGAGCCAUGUGACCCCGAUCAACAGAGAUGGCUGAAUGAGAAGCUUUAUGAUAUACGGUUAUGUGCUUUUAGGACGGUUGCUAGCGUAUGGAAGU